UGUUUUGGUUUGGUGGCAUUCGGUAACUGGACCCUCUGAUUCUGUCAUCUCGAAGAAGAAACGUAAUUCGCACCCGUUGGUCAUCUUUCCCUUCCAAUCACAAAAGCUUCAAAAGCUACGCGAAAUUUCUUUUUUUGACCUGAUACACAAAAAGUUGAUAACUGGAAGAUACUCACAGGAAUAAAUCCAUUUCUCUCUCCUAAGCAUUUUGAAAAAUUUCAAUUUCUUCCGGAUUUCCAAUCAACCCACUAAACCCUAUUGCUUGGAGAUCGUUUGCUGCUAGGUUCAUCUCUCCCACGUUCUGGGUCUGUGGUUGAUCAUUUCCAUGUCUCGGAUGUAUACAUGCCUUGGUCUUAUUUUGAGCCUGCUUUGUGGUACUGUGACUUCGACGUCUUCCUCAUUGGGAUCAGCUCGUUCGAUCCUUCGGGUCGUGAACGAUAAUAAUAAAAAUGAUGAUAAUCGAGAUUAUGCUAUUGAUUUGAAUGCAACGAGUUUCAGUAAAGUUCUGAAGGAUACACCGGCUGCUUUUGCCAUUGUCGAAUUCUUUGCCCAUUGGUGCCCUGCUUGUAGGAGUUAUAAGCCGCACUAUGAAAAGGUUGCAAGGCUUUUUAACGGACCUGAUGCAGUGCAUCCAGGAAUUGUAUUGAUGGCAAGGGUAGAUUGUGCCUUGAAGAUAAAUACUAAACUCUGUGAUAAGUUUUCUGUUGGUCAUUAUCCUAUGCUUCUUUGGGGCCCUCCUUCUAAAUUUGUUGCUGGUGGUUGGGAACCAAAAAAAGACAAAGUUUAUAUUUGGAUGAUUGAUGAUGGGCGCACAGCUGAUAGGCUGCUUAAUUGGAUCAACAAGCAAAUGGGCAGUUCAUUUGGCCUGGAUGAUCAGAAAUUUGAAAAUGAGAAUCUUUCAUCCAAUGUGUCAGACCCUGAACAGAUUGCAAGAGCUGUCUAUGAUGUUGAAGAGGCAACAGCCAUAGCUUUUGACAUCAUCUCAGAGCACAAGAUGGUAAAGCCUGAAACCCGUGCUUCACUCAUAAAGUUUCUUCAGCUUUUGGUGGCUCAUCAUCCUUCUAGGAGAUGUCGGAAGGGUGCUGCUGAAUUACUUGUGAGCUUUGAUGACUUGUACCCAGCAGAUUUGCAGUCAGCUAAUAGUCAGGAAGGUGACGGUGGAAAUGUUGUGGCAAGGAACUUUCAGAUUUGUGGAAAAUAUGUACCUCGUGGGUACUGGAUGUUCUGCCGUGGCAGCAAGAAUGAUACCAGGGGCUUUAGCUGCGGUUUAUGGGUUCUCCUGCAUUCACUUUCAGUGAGAAUCGAGGAUGGAGAAAGUCAGUUUGCGUUUAAUGCUACGUGUGAUUUUGUACACAACUUUUUCAUCUGUGAGGAAUGUCGGCAGCAUUUUUACAAGAUGUGUUCAAGUGUGUCUAGUCCAAUCAACAAUGCUCGUGACUUUGCUCUCUGGUUGUGGAGUGCCCAUAAUAUGGUUAACGAAAGGUUGAUGAAAGAAGAAGCAUCUCUGGGAACAGGUGAUCCCAAAUUUCCGAAGAUGACAUGGCCUCCAAAGAAGCUUUGUCCUACUUGUUACCAAGACCUUGGCCGGAGGUCCAACAGAGUUGAAUGGAACAAGGAUGAGGUUUACAAGUUUUUGACACGAUACUAUGGAGAAAAGCUUGCAUCUCUAUAUAAGAACAAGGGCAUAGGUGAUAAUGAUGGAACCGAAGGAGCUGUUGAAGAUUUAAUAGUAUCAAGUAAUGCACUUGUGGUGCCUUUGGGUGCUGCAUUGGCAAUUGCUAUUGCUAGCUGUGGUUUUGGAGCACUCGCCUGCUACUGGCGUUCCCAACAAAAAAGUCGGAAGUAUUUUCACCAACUACACUCUUUAAAGAACAUAUGAGUGGAAGGGCCAAGGAGAAUUGGAAGUAGAAUUAGAAGAGACGAGUACAGAGAAAUGCAGACAAGGUGAAUUGCGGCUCUGGUCACCAGAGAGAAUAGCCAAAGUACUUUUUGAGAUGUGUACAGAAUAAGUUUCUUGGUUACAUUUGGACUAGAUUAUUAUUGAUCUUACAUCUUAUUUUCACUAACUUUCCUUUGGGCAAUGGUCACAUCUAGUUCAGCUUAGAAAAAAUUGGGGAUGAAAGAGUAUCAAGGUGCAAAAUUUUGGUUGAAAUUAGUUCUGAAUUCCUUGUUAUGAUCAAAAGCAACUUGCGCAAGUCUAGGGCAAGAGAUUACAUUCUUGAUGGUUCGACAUUUUAUACCGAACAAAUGAAUGGAUUAACAUCGGCCUUCUUGUUAUUUAACUUAGUGGAAUCGGUCAUAUUCCUCCUUU